AGAGUACUGCGGGAAGCAUCGUGUAUAUAUAAUGGUAGCGCGAACGGGAAAGUAAUACCAUUGAAUCUUCGACUGUCAAGAAUAUAACUACCAAGGAUGAGAACCGCAAUAUUAUCAGUUAACAUUACUUUCUUCUUUCUACUUUGUAUUUGCUAUCUUCAUUCAGUACAAGUAGCGGCUUCCGAAAUAUGUCCCCUAGAAAAUUGUCUACCGCCCGAAAAAUGUGAGACGCUUAUUAGAGAUAAAUCUGUUACAUGUUCGAGUGAAGGAGAUGAAUGUUGCAGUGUUGUUAAAAGCGAGUUCCGAACUCAUUGCAGACAUCAUGGAGGUAUUUGUAUGGACCGAUGUGGUCCAACAGUUCAAAGAAAUGCCGUAGAUUGCCAGGAUGGUCAAAUGUGUUGCGUUCUUGUUUAACAAUAAAAAUUUUAAUUCUAAAUUUAGUUUUUUUAUAAUAAAAAAAAAAAAGUUACAUUCAAAGUAGUUCUGCAAUUAUUUAUAAUUAAUAUUUAAACCAAAAAAAUGUCAGAAUCAUGAUUUUAUUUUUUACAUCGUUUAAAUAAAAAAAAAAAAACAUUGCCUUGAAA